AUGGCAGGCAUUGCCAUCCUCUCCCAAGGCGUGGGCUAUGGAGUCGUACUGGGUGUCGGCUUUCUNUUUGCUCUGGGCAUGAUGUUUACGACGUGGGUGCUCAGAAGAUACAACAAUGAGUUACAGACCAGUGAGGUCUUUUCUACGGCUGGAAGAAGUGUCAAGUCUGGUCUUGUGGCUGCUGCUGUGGUUUCGAGUUGGACUUGGGCUGCAACACUCCUACAGUCAUCUGCUGUAGCUUACAACUACGGUGUUUCUGGACCUUUCUGGUACGCCUCAGGUGCAACUGUACAAGUCAUCCUCUUCGCGACUCUGGCUAUCGAACUCAAGCGUCGAGCCCCUAAUGCUCAUACCUUCUUGGAAGCCAUCCGUGCACGCUAUGGUGGAAUUACUCACGGCGUAUACAUCGUCUUCGGCCUCAUGACCAACGUUCUCGUUACAGCCAUGCUGCUGACUGGCGGUAGUGCUGUCAUUCGGGACCUUACUGGCAUGAACCCCGUAGCCGCCUGUUUCCUGCUCCCAGUCGGUGUUGUGGCCUACACGAUGUUCGGCGGUAUCAAGGCCACAUUCAUCACUGAUUGGGUACACACUGUGGUGAUUCUGAUCAUCAUUUUCUUGUUUGCCUUCACCGCAUAUUCGACCAACGAGAUUCUUGGUAGCCCUGGGGCUGUCUACGACGCCCUUAAAGCUGCUUCAGCUCGCCAUCCUGUUGAAGGUAAUGCACAAGGAAGUUAUCUUACCAUGCAAUCUCGUGAGGGAGGCAUCUUCUUCGUUAUAAACCUUGUUGGUAACUUUGGUACCGUGUACCUUGACAAUGGGUACUGGAACAAGGCUAUUGCUGCUUCGCCAGUCCAUGCUCUGCCUGGCUACAUUUUAGGUGGACUUUCAUGGUUCGCAAUUCCUGUGAGUACUCGGAGUUUUCCCUCAGGACCAUGUACUGACUGUGUUAUAAGNUGGCUCUGCGCUACGACUAUGGGUCUUGCAGCUCUAGCUCUCGAGAACAACCCCGUGUUCCCCACCUACCCUCUCCGUAUGGCAGCAGAGGAUGUCACGGCUGGUCUGGUACUCCCUAAUGCAGCCGUAGCUCUCCUUGGAAAGGGAGGUGCUGCUGCCACUUUGGUAUUGAUCUUCAUGGCUGUCACAUCGGCCAUGUCUGCUGAGUUGAUCGCGGUCUCGAGUAUCUGGACAUACGAUAUCUACAACACUUAUAUCAAUCCUAAGGCUCACGGUAAGAACCUGAUCUACAUAAGUCACAUCAGCUGUGUGGUAUUUGCCCUCAUCAUGGCCGCCUUCUCGACAGGGCUCUACUACGCAGGCAUCGGCAUGGGAUAUAUCUACUUGAUGAUGGGCUGUAUCAUCGGUGGCGGUGUUCUACCUGCCUCGUUGACCCUUCUAUACGAUCGUCAGAGUUGGGCAGCAGCGACCUUCUCCCCCAUCAUCGCUCUCGCCUGCGCCCUUAUUGGCUGGCUCGUCCAAGCAAAAACCCAAUACGGCAAUCUCUCCGUCGAAUCCACAGGCUCGAACUAUCCAAUGCUUGUCGGCAACGUCGUCGCCCUCCUCACCCCCGUCGUUACAGUCCCCAUCCUCUCGCUCAUCUUCCGCACCGAAAAGUACGACUGGCAAUCCAUGAAACAAAUCCGUCGUCCCGAUGACUCAGACCUCACUACCGCCGCCCACGUCGACCCUGAACUACUCCCGGGCGGCGCUCACGGAGAANNAACAGCACAAUCACUUGCUGCAGAAGCCGCAGAGCAAAAACAUCUGCUUCGCGCGUCCAAGAUUGCACGUACACUUACUGUAUGCCUUGCUCUGUGCUUCUUGAUCUUGUGGCCGAUGCCCAUGUAUGGGUCCGGGUAUAUCUUUAGCAAGAAGUUCUUUACGGGGUGGGUUGUGGUGGGUAUUAUUUGGUUGUUUGUGACGGCUUGUUGUGUUGGCAUUUACCCGGUCUUCGAAGGGCGCAAGACUAUCAUCAGGACUUUCAAGAGUAUGUAUUUGGAUGUCACGGGCAAGCAGCAUCCAGUCACUCAUGGUAGGGCUACUGUUGCGGAAACGGCGGUGGCCGAGGAGAAACUGGGAGAGAAGAAGGAUAGGGAUGCGGAGGCUGCUGUGAGGGACUCUGAUUGA